UGUGUUUGUUGUGAUUCUGAAUACUUUUAUUUCAAUAUUCUCUCUUAGACUAGCAGUCAGUUGUAGUUUAAUAUUGUACCUAGAAUGUCGUGCAACAUGUCCUACAUUUGCAUGAUCUGCACUCUAAACAUUCCACCUUUGCUACCUCUCGCGAUAGAGCACAGAAGAUUACUUGAGGCUCUUGUUUCUCCCACGGUUUACAUGGCGGACCUCAAAGCCUGCCACCUCCUGCUGUGCGUGGGCUGCCAGGUGAAGAUGCUCUCUGUCCACCAGUUCCAGAAGACCGCCAUCCAGGGCAUCAGCAACCUCAAGUACCUGCUCAGUAAAGUCACUAUUGCACCGUCAUUCCCACCGAUUAUUAUUGAGGAUGAAGAUGUGAAGCCCGAGAUAGUAACCAUUAAAAUAGAACCCGGGACCAUAUUACCUGGUACUGAAGAGGAUUCCGACACCAAUGAUUCAUCAUCAGAUGAAGAGAUGGAUAUCAAAACCGAGCCACAGCAUCCACUGGAGGCACAGUCUUCUCAACCUGAUGAUGCUUUAAAACGCAAAUCUCAUCCAGAGGGCGUUCCUAAAGACAAAUGUAAAUCUGUUCGUGAACCAAGCGAACAGCCAACCACAAGUGUACAACCAACAAUAUUGUCCCAAACACCUGUGACGAAGGGAACCAUAUCAAGGAGUCCCGAAAAUACUUCCAAACCAAAAACAGGCAAAUACGGCACCAGAAUUUUGAGGAGCAGCGUGAGAAAGCGGUACAAGGUGAAACUGCGGCCGAAGCCUUCAACACUGCAGUGUCCGCAUUGCGACCAAAAGCUCAGUCACUCUGUCAGCCUGCAAGCUCAUAUCAAAAGCCAUGAAACUACACCAAAAACGGACACGCAGCGGAAAUAUGGACUAAGACAAAAAAAUACAAAUGUCAGCGCAGAACCCAGCCCUGUACUCGUGCAGGUGAUCCCGAGGCGAGACUUCGAGAAACUCGUCAAUGACGUCAAUUGCCACGAAAGGAACCCACUACCAAAACAUGAACAUAAAAAAUCAAAGACUUCAGCUCAGAGGUCUCGCGAGUAUCGACUUCGAUUGAAGACAAGGCAGAAAAAUAAUAAUAUUACCGCACAGAAGCAAAAAUCAUGAUCAACCAGUGGACUAUUUCACCAGUGACAUUGACAUUUGCCACUGACAUUUCUGUCCCUAUUUCUGUGUUGAUUAGUAAAAAAAUAGGCUAGUUUCCUACUAGUUAGUCAAAUCAGCUUCUUUUUAAGAACUGUCAAAACGAUUUGCUAAUA